AGUGAGCUUGCAGGUCAAAGCCACACGUAUCGCUUCGCCGUAAACAACACCGAACCAUCUCUCUAGUCGUGAGUAAAAGAUACAGUGUGAAAAAUGAUUGUACUGACGAGAGCUCGUGCGAUCUUCGCCAAAGUGGGUGUUCGUUUCCACAGCGGGAAAAUCGGCAUAAUCGGCGUACCGUUCGAGAAAGGACAGACGAAAGUAGGGGUAGCCCAUGGGCCCGAGACAAUCCGAACGGCAGGGUUGAUAAAGGAAUUGAAAGUGUUAGGAUUGGAUGUGCGUGAUUACGGUGAUGUGAAUUACAAUGAGGAGAACGUGAGCGAUGUGAAUAACAUGUCUCAUCUGAGCCACGUGGCUAGCUGCACCAAUCGUUUAUCCGAAUAUGUUCGACAAGUAAUGCAAGACGGCAGGCAGGUAGUGACGAUCGGUGGCGAUCACAGCGUGGUUAUCGGUACUAUCGACGGACACAUCAAGGAAAAGCAAAAUGUGGCAGUGAUAUGGGUGGACGCUCACGCGGACCUCAACACCAACAAGACCAGUGACAGCGGUAACGUGCACGGAAUGCCCGCGGCAUUGCUGAUUUCCGAACUGUCCGAUUAUUGGCCAUAUCUACCCGGCAUGGACUGGCAAAAGCCAAUGUUGCCAAUCAGAAACAUAGCUUACAUUGGUCUGAGAUCCGUGGAUUGUUAUGAAAGAUUGGUGAUCGAGAAGCAUGGUAUCACGGCUUUCGGUAUAGAAGACAUAGAACACUAUGGUAUUCACAAUGUGCUCCACAUGGCGUUGAAUAAGAUAGAUCCUUACGGUGAAAAAUCUAUACACGUUAGUUUCGACAUAGACUCGUUGGAUCCACUUGAAGCACCCAGCACUGGCACACCAGUUCGCGGAGGAUUGUAUCUUAGAGAAGCGAUUCAUCUCAUGGAGCAGAUACAUAGAACGGGCAGACUGAGUGCCAUGGAUUUGGUAGAGGUCAAUCCACAAAUCGGUAACGAGCGAGACGUAAGAAUUACUGUAGAGGCAGCGAUACACGUUAUCCAGGCAGCAUUAGGUCACAUGAGACGUGGCUUGGCAGUUCCCAAAGGCGUUACUGACAUGCCGUUACAAACGUUUCGAUAGGAUAAAAUAUAUAUAAUCAAACAUAUGACGAUACAAUAUCGAACAGAUGUACAUAAUAAUAAGAUUAACAAAUUGACAACAAGCUGUCACGAACUAGAAAAAAAAUGGCACACAUCUGUUACGUUUCAAUAUAUCAAUGUUUAUUAGAAUUGUGUGUUACAUACUAAUAUUUACAUAAUAUUAUCUAUACUAUUAGAGCGAUUAUAUUAAUACGAAUAAUUAAUGUGUCUAUCAUGUCUUUACACAUAAGUAUUAUAUCCAAAUAUUGUUCAUUUUUUUCAAUAUUAAUAAUUGUAUCAUCUUAUACGA